AUGGAGGAUCUCGCGGGCACCAUUCACGUUGGCACGACUAAGGAGGAUGUCGUUGAAGUUCGGGCCGCUGAGGGUGACCCCACAGGCGACCCUGGAGAGCCUGAUCUGGACGAUCCUCAUGGUGAAUGCGAGAUUGGAGAUGGUGACUAUGACAAGCCGCCUGUAGACAGCUUUGUAUGUAAAAUGAGACCAAAGGUCGGUGUGGCCUGUAAUCUCACGGCUUGGCAACGGGCUGGUGGACAAUGCAACGCCAGUGACCCUUCCACCCGCGUCCUUGCUCUUUGA